AUUUGGCGUUUUAACUAAUUCUCCCGGCCUGGUGGUUAUCAAUAUGGCAACCCCAGCCAUGUUUCUUUAUAUCCUCUCCUCCCUCUUUUUAUCAGCUGCUGCAAUUAAGCCUAGGAUCUUCGAACCAAGAAUCUUUGACAAGGAGGCCACAGGUUUUGGGCCCAUAUUUGAAGAGGAGCCUCUGGACACAGUUUACGCAGAAGAUUCUCCAGAGAACAAAAUCUCCAUGAACUGCAGGGUGCGGGCCAACCCACCGGCCAUUAUCAAAUGGUGGUUGAACAAUUGGGAAAUUAAACUGAUGGAGCAGCCUGACGAGCACUUUAGCCUGGUCGGUGGAAACCUGGUCAUUACCAACCCAGACAAGGACAAGCAUGCUGGGAAAUAUGUGUGUGUGGCCAAGAAUGUGUAUGGCACUGUCAUUAGCAAGGAAGCCACCGUCAAGUUCGGAUACCUGAAUCAGUUCCCCACAGAUGAGAGAGAGCCAGUGAACGUGAAGGAGGGGCAGGGGGUGGUGCUGCUGUGUUCUCCUCCAUCUCGCUAUCCUAGUGAGGUGAUGUUCCGCUGGAUCUACAAUGAUUUCCCCAACUUCAUCAUCCCCGACCAGAGGCGUUUCGUGUCCCAGUCCACUGGGAAUCUGUACAUCGCUAAAGUCGAGGCCUCUGAUGUUGGGAAUUACUCUUGUUUUGUGUCAAGCUCCACCAUCGGCAAGAGCGUUUUUAGCAUGCCGAUACCUCUGAUUCCACAAAUAGAGAAGGAGGUAAAGAGAUAUCCUGCCGAUAUCCGUGUUAAAUUUCCCAAGACCUAUGCUUUGGUGGCACAGAACAUCACUCUGGAAUGCUUUGCCCUUGGAAAUCCACUACCACAUAUCCGCUGGAGGAAGUUAGAUGCUGAUCUUCCACCCAGCUAUGAGGUCAGCAUGAAUGGAGCUUUGCUGCACCUGAUUAAUGUGCAAUAUGAGGACGAGGGCAGCUACGAAUGUGAGACGCUCAACGUUAAGGGAAUGGACUGGUAUCGGCAGUGGCUCUAUGUAGAAGGUGCUCCAGAAUGGGCAGAGCACAUUAAUGACACAGAGAAAGAUGUUGGCAGUGAGCUAACGCUGAGAUGCGUUGCUGUGGGGAAGCCGUUACCAUGGAUACGCUGGCUGAAGGAUGGCUACUCAUAUGGUAAAGGGGAGCUGAAGUUCUCCAGUCUCACAUUUGAGGAUUCUGGCAUGUAUCAGUGUGUUGCGGAGAACGAAUGGGGCACCAUCUAUGCCAGCGCAGAGCUACGGGUUGUCUCCUGUGCGCCAACAUUCAUUUAUAAUCCAGUGAAGAAGGUUCUGCUAGGGGCUGAAAAUGGACGUGUGGUGAUAGAAUGCCAACCUCGUGCUGCUCCUAAACCCAAGUUUAUCUGGAAACGAGGCACUGAACUGCUGACCAACUCUUCACGAAUAUUCAUCUGGGAUGAUGGUAGUCUGGAAAUUCUAAAUGCAACAAAAAGUGACGAGGGCUCGUACACCUGCUAUGCUGAGAAUGACCGUGGCAAAGCCAACAGCACGGGCACCCUCACUAUCACUGAGGCCACCAAGAUCACAGUAGCACCAUCAGACACUCAGGUGGUUGUAGGUGACAGGACAGUUCUCCAGUGCUCUGCGUCCCAUGACCCCAGUCUGGACAUCACCUUCAUCUGGACUGUUGACUCCUACGUGAUCAACUUCUACACAGACUGGGAGCACUACGAGCAGCUCAUGGGUCAUGAGAACAGUGGAGACCUGCUUAUCAAGAAUAUUCAGAUCAGACAUGGGGGACGCUAUACCUGCACAGCACAGACCAUAGUGGACAACGCCACCGCAGAAGCUGAUGUUUUUGUCAAAGGUUUGCCUGGUCCUCCUGGUGGCGUCCGCGUGGAAGAGAUUGGAGACACAACGGUAAAGGUGCGCUGGAGUCUGGGAUCAGAUCAUGGAAGUCCCCUUAUUCAACACGUCAUACAGACACGAGACUUCUACGCCCUGGACCCAGAGGACUGGAAAACUGCAUCCACCUCUCCUGUGUUUUUGGAUGGGUCAACAGAGUCUGCCACUGUGCUUGACCUCUUCCCCUGGAUGCAAUAUGAAUUCCGAGUGUAUGCUAUCAAUGACUUUGGAGCUGGGGAAAGCAGCCGUCCCUCCAUUAAAAUCAAGACAUGGGAUGCCAGGCCUACAGUAGCUCCUUCUGAUGUCAUUGGACAAGUAGGAAUAAGUGGAGAGCUAAUCGUUACCUGGAGUCCUGUGAAACCUCAGUACUUCUUUGGUAAAAAAUUUGGCUAUGUUGUGGCGUUUAAGCAGCAUGAGGAUUAUGAGUGGAAAUGGGUGACUGUGGAAGAUCCUGAGACUAGACGGUAUGUCUACAAAGAGAGUAUGAACCCAGACACUGAGAUUCAGGUGAAAGUGAGCACCUACAACAACAAAGGAGAAGGACCUUCCAGUCUUAUCACAGUGGUCUACUCCCCAAGACUUGCACCCACUGAAGCUCCUUUAGAUGUGUAUGCCAGGCAAGUCACCUCGACAGAAGCUUUGGUCUGGUGGCUACCAGUCUACCAGGCACCUCCAAACUGGGUCGAUGGAUACCAGAUUCGUUACUGGAGGAAGUACGAUGAUAAUGAGGCUGCUGCCUGCCGAGUCCUGGUGCAUAGAACGGUUAACCAAACCCGUCUGGAGAAUAUGCGGCCUGACUCUCACUACCUCAUAGAGGUACGAGCAUUCAACGGUGCCGGACUCGGACCGCCCAGCGAGCACUGUGAGAUGUUCACCAGGAGACCACCCCCAAGUCGUCAUUUGAGAGUAUACAAAUACGUCAGUUUUACGCGCAAAUGGCUGUAUUUGUACUGGGAUCACAUUUAUAACUACUGGAAUGAGUCCUAUGUGGAGGGAUAUAAGAUUUUGUUCCGGAAGGAAGGAGAGCGUUAUGGGAAGCUUUACACCACAGGUAGACACUACAUAGACUUCCCCAUGCCAGAGACCGGAGAUUACAUCAUUGAGGUCCGAGCACGUUGUGAGGGAGGCGAUGGACCCAUAUCACAGAUCAGAGUUCAAGGUAAAGCAGCUGUUUAUGCCAGAUCUCUCAGCUUGGCCUCUCUCCUUCUGCUGACUCUGGGCUGGAUGAAUCUAGGCCUGUAGGCAAACUGACUAUCAACAAAGCGAAAUCCACUUCUGAAGCACAAAAGUAAUAUAGUUUGUGUACAGGGACUGUUUUCAUGGAGCAAAUUAAGCUUUAUAUAAACUCAGCAAAAAAGAAACACCUUCUCACUUUCAACUCUUUUAUUUUCAGCAAACUUAACGUGUAAUUAUUUGUAUGAACAUAAAAAGAUUCAACAACUAAGACAUGUGACUAACAGAAAUGGGGGGGGGGGGGUCAAAAUCAAAAGUAACAGUCAGUAUCUGGUAUGGCCACCAGCUGCAUUAAGAACUGCAGUGCAGGAGGACACAUGAUGCCAUGCGAGAAGCAGACAUGUGAUUGCAAGCUCUGCGCACUUUUGGUUAGUUUUUUAAGUAUUUUCAUGUUAUUAUCCGGUGAGAUUCGAUACACCCAGUUACAUACUUGCUCUUUGAUGUAAACAUGGCAAAGAAGUCAAAAUCCUCAGACUUUGGAGACAUUAAAAGACACUUACGUGUUCAAGUUGAGGCCUCUGACAGGCCUGCGAGCUGGGGACUUGAUUUGGAUGGCACGUCAGGAGAUGGAAUCCAGCGUCAACUGUCCAACAUCUCGGUAAUGCUGACGAAGGUUGCUGCUGACUUGGAGGAUCUCACUGUUAUACGUCGAUCGAUCACGGCGAUGGAAACAAAAUUCUCUGAGUUGGUCACAAGAGUGACAGAAGUUGAGAAACAAAUCGAUUAUCUGGAGUCUUCAGAAAGGGAAUUAUCCGCUAAUCCGCCCGCGUCCAAAACAGACUUGGAACACAUUUUGGAAAAACUUGAAUAUUUCGAAAAUAUGAACCAAAGGAAUAACAUACGAAUUGUUGGAGUUCCUGAGCAUGAAGAAGGCAGAGAUAUGGUGAAAUUCCUGGACGAUCUCUUCCUGAGUAUGCUCGCCAUAGCAGGCCAUAAGCUGGAAAUCCCUGCUUGCAGAUCUGCUGAGGGAGACAGGCCCCGAUCAUCCUGGCCAAAUUUCUGAGAUCAUCCGAUAAAGAUCUCGUGUUGCGCCAAGCGAGGAGCAAAGGAAAAUUUUCUUGGAAGAAUCACAUAUUUUCUUGUUCCCUGACUUUGCAAAUUCGACAAGAGAGAAACGCGAUCGGUUCAAGGAAUGUAAGAAACUCUUAAAUCAAUGGAAGAUCACUUUUGCGCUGAUGUUUCCGGCCAAACUGAGAAUAGACACCAAGGACGGCAGCAAAGUAUUUACAUGUCCAAAGCUGGCACUCUCCUUCAUAAAUACAUUGGAGCGAGUAAACCAUUUAAUGUUUAUUUCUUAUAUUAGUAGACUGACUUGCUGUUUAGUGACUCGAUUGUCUGAGGAAGCUGGGCACCAUUUUUGUUUCUUUUUCCGUUGGCUCCGCCUAGCGGCUGGAGUUUGUUUUGUAGAAUGUCACUCCAAGAAACUUUUGCAUUGACGGAAGAUCGCUUUUACACUGAAGUUCCCGGCCAGAUUGAGAAUGGACACUUUGGAUGACUGCAAAAUAUCUACAUGCUCACAUAAAUUACGUCUUUUUUAAAGUUGACGGACUGAGUAAGUCAUUGUGUAUUUUAUUUUUAAUUUUUACACGGCCUCCAAGUGAAUUUGACUCGCUCAAUACACACUUGAUCAUCCGAGGAACUGGGAUGCCUGUUUUGUUUCUUUUCAUGCGGGUUCCGCCUAGCGGCUGGAGCUUGUUUUGUGGAAUUAGACUGCUUCGGGACAGUGUUGUGGAUGAAUCUGUUCAUUCUUUGUGCUUAUGCCUCCUGUUGGCUGGAGUUUGUUUUUGUGGAGUAUUUUUAAGGGACAGUAGAAUGAUUACGUCAUCUGCUGCACUCGUAACGGUCGGCUCACUGAACAAUUGUUUGUGUGUCCGAGGAAACUGAAUGGCUUUAUAUCAGCUGGAGUUUGUUUUGUGGAGGAACACACCUUCAAGGCAGUUCUGUGAAUGAAUCUAUUUGUUUUUUGUGUUUUUUCUGCCUGUUGGGUGGGGUCUGUUUUACAAAGUAAUUUCUGUUAUGUAAUUUUGCCUCACAAAAUUUGUGCAGAAGCACCAGACUUGAGCAAUCCGAUGGCAAAGUUGUCGUGGGGGCUUUCCUAGGCGUACAUGGACCUUUUGAGUUUAGAGGGAUGGAUGCCAGUUGGCGCUGUCGUGUGCGGGUUAAUGCGCACAUUUUUCUUUUUUCUGUUUGUUUUGUUCGGGGGGAAGUUUGGAGUUUGAUUGUUGCACUAAUGGGGAAUGUGGUCUCUAUAAUCUUGUUUUUGACACAAUUUAAAAAAUUUUUUUUUAUUAUAUCAAUAUGUCAAAUGUUAUUAUGAGUAGGUUAUCUCUCUCCACAUGGAAUGUGAAUGGGUUGGGGCACCCCAUAAAAAGAAAGAAGGUUAUUUCUUUCCUUAAGCGUAAGAAAUAUGAUAUAGUGAAACACAUCUUUCCCUGCAGGAAGCUGAAAAAUUUGGGAAGAUAUGGGGUGGACAUGUUUUCUUUAGUGCAUGCUCAAGUCAUUAUAUUGAUAAAUAAACAUUUACAAUUCAAAUGUCUUAAACAGAGUAAAGAUAAAUUAGGAAGAGUCAUUGUUGUUUUAGGAGAAAUUCAGGGGCAAAGUCUGAUUUUGGCUAAUACUUACGCACCUAACGCUGAUGAUCAGGGCUUUUUUAUAGAUCUUAAAGGGAUGUUGCAAGCCGCUGGCACCCCUCAUGAUAUAAUAUUGGGAGGAGACUUUAAAGUGAAGCAAAGUGUGUAAGCCCACUAGAGCAACACUGACACUUCACAGGAUGUGUAAAAAUCUUGGUCUUGCAGAUAUCUGGCGACUUUUGAACCCAUCUGGUAGGGACUAUACAUUUUUUUCAUCAGUCCAUAAGAGUUAUUCUAGAAUAGAUUAAAUCUAGAAGUCCCUCAUUUCAUCUGUUGUGGAUUGCUCAGUUGGAAACAUCUUAGUCUCAGAUCAUGCCCUGGUGAGUUUAGAGAUGUUGCCACAUACGGAGAAAAAUAAAUCACAUAGCUGGCGCUUUAAUGUAUCCGUUUUGCAAAAUACUGAUUUCCAACAAAUGUUAAAGACUGAAAUUAAUGUUUAUAUGGAGACCAACUGCUCCUCAGUAUCCUCUGUGGGCGUGGCUUGGGAGGCACUUUAGGCGGUUCUUAGGGGUUGGAUCAUACAGCAUGCCUCAUUCACCAAAAAAUCCAAAGCACGAGAACUCGCGGAGUUGGAAGAGAAUAUUAAAAGUGCCGAGGCAGAGCUGAAGCACCGAAUGUCAUCCAAUGGCCUCAGAAAAUUGAUCCAUUUGAAAUACAGAUAUAACACCAUUUUGUCGCGGAAAGUGUAGUUUUGGUUGUUCAGGGCAAGACAGUGAUACUUUAAGUCGGAGGGACAAAGCAGGGAAGCUUUUGGCUAGAUAUAUAAAGCAGAGAGAGUCUUUUUCUACCAUUCCCUCAGUGAAGUCUGCUGGUGGUGAAAUAUUUACCACAGCCAUUGAUAUUAAUAAUGCUUUUAAAGAGUUCUAUCUUGAUCUCUAUAGUUCCACGUCUUCGUCUACUGAUGAAGAUUUUAGAAAAUUUGUGGAACCAUUAGAACUCCCUAAAUUGACAACUGAGCAAAAAAAUUCUCUUGAGAUAACCUUGGAGGAGCUUGACGAGGUAAUUAAGGCCUUGCCUACAGGCAAGGCUCCGGGGCCAGACGGUUUUGCCACUGAAUUUUUUUAGAUCUUAUGCUACAGAACUGGCUCCACUUUUGUUAGAAGUUUAUCUUUAAAGAAUGGAAAGCUUCCGGCAACCAUGACACAAGCCCGGAUCAGUCUGAUUCUUAAAAAGGACAAAAAUCCAAGCGAGGGUAAGAGUUACCAUCCAAUUUCCCUGAUCCAGCUAGAUGUAAAAAUUUUGUCAAAAAUUUUGGCUAACCAAUUAAGUUAUGACAUCUCUUAUACAUAUAGAUCAGGUGGGGUUUAGUCGGGGCUGUAGCUCUUCUGAUAACAUCAGGCGUCUCAUCAAUAUCAUGUGGUCAGUGGCGAAUGAACAAUCUCCGGUCGCUGCCAUCUCACUUGAUGCUGAAAAAGCAUUUGAUAUGGUAGAAUGGGAUUAUCUUUUUAAGAUUUUGGUAAUGUAUGGGUUCGGGAGUACAUUUAUUGGUUGGAUUAAGUUACUUUAUAGACACCCUGUAGUAGCGGUACAAACAAAUGGAUUAAUUUAACUUAUUAUUUUACUCUGGAUAGGGGCACCCAGCAGGGUUGCCCUCUUGCCCCAUUAUUGUUCUGUCUUGCCCUGUAACCAUUAGCAGCUGCGAUAAGAAAGGAGGAUGAUUUUCCAGGGGUGCUUGCGGGAGGUGUGGCGCAUAAGCUUCUGCUUUAUGCAGAUGAUAUUUUUUUAUUUGUCUCUGACCCUGUUAGAUCUAUGCCUUGCCUCCACAGAAUUAUUAACUCUUUUCCCAAGCUCUCAGGGUACAAAGUCAAUUGGUCUAAAUACGAAGCUUUGGCUUUGACAGCAUACUGUCCAGUAACGGCUUUCCAGCCGGGCACCAUCCAGUGGCCCAAACAGGGCAUUAAGUAUUUGGGGAUUUUAUUCCCAGCAAAUUUAUCUGAUUUAGUUAGUGUCAAUUUUGACCCUUUAAUAAAAAGGUUUUCGAGCGAUGUGGGCAGGUGGGCUUUAUUACAUUUAUCAAUGAUUGGGAAGGUUAAUGUUAUUAAAAUGAACUGUAUUCCAUAAUUUAACUACCUGCUACAAUCUCUCCCUGUAGAUGUCCCCCUCUCUUAUUUCAAGCAAUUUGAUAGCAUAGCGAAGUCCUUCCUUUGGAAUGGUAAGCGUCCCAGAUUGCAUUUCAAUAAGUUACAUAGGCUGAUUGACAAAGGUGGGCUAGACCUACCCAAGAUUUUGUUUUAGUACUAUGCGUUCAGUCUCUGACAUUUGGCUCAUUGGUCUCUUCCACCUGAGAGAGCCCCUCCCUGGUUUUGUAUUGAACAGGAAGUUCUUACCCCUAUUUCGCCAUUGCAAAGCCUCUCUAUUAAACUAACUGUAGAAGUUAAGUCACACCCCGUUAUUUCGCAUGUACACUCGGUAUGGACAAAAGUGUCCAGAAUGUUUAAAUCGGACAUUUAUUUAAAUGUUGCCUCAAGCAUAUGGCAGAACCCAAGAUUGUGUAUCGGUAAGUCCCCUUUCUGCUGGUCGGAGUGGAUUGGGAGGGGGGUUACUACACUCAGUGAUCUAAAUGAGAGUGGAGUGUUGAGAUCGUUUGAAAAUCUGGUUCAACAUUUUGGGAUCCCCAGAUCUCAGUUUUAUAGGUAUUUACAACUGCGCCACCUGCUUUGUCUUUGGGAGUAGCACACACCCCUCAAAGCAGCAGAUACUCUAGGAGAGGUGAUUACUGCUUUUGGAAAAGGUCAUGAGGCAUCAGUGUAUUACUCCCUGUAAUUUCAGAGUUUGGAGGACGGAGCUUUAACCUCUCUUAAGAGAGUAUGGGAGAAAGACUUCAACUUGGUAUUGGAGAAGGGAGUGUGGGCUAGGAUUCUUAAAAACAUUAAGUCUGCAUCUAGAGAUGCAAAGGUGCCUCUUAUGCAAUUCAAAAUUUUACAUUGAUUCUAUUGGACCCCCUCUAGAUUGUAUAGGCUUGGUCUUAAAGACACACACACACACCUGCUGGCAAUGCCAAUCGGAGGAUGGAGACAUCGCCCAUGUUUUUUGGUGGUGUGUUGAGAUCUAGAAAUUCUGGUUGAAGGUUCAGAAUUUUGUGUCUGACAUGGUAGGCACUCGGGUUUCGUUUUGCCCCAGACUUUGUGUUCUGGGCGAUGGGGCGGUCAUUGAUGUUGGGGAUAGUCAUAUAGAGAAUUGGGUUCUGACCUGUGUGAUGAUCGCCAGGCAGGUUAUUUUGAGGGGUUGGAGGUCAGCUGGUGCGCCCCCAUAUCCGGAGUGGUGCACGGAGGUGGGGAGUGUGGCGGCUUAUGAGGAGGUGUCAUCGGGAAGAUGGGGUGGCUUUGAUUUGUUUAUCCGGAAAUGGGGCAGGUAUUUGGAGUUUUUGGAGGGCUCUCGGGUGGGGUGUGGAGAGAGUAUUGUAAUAUAGUUAGUAUGAUUAUUAUGUGUGUGUAUGUAUGUAUGUACGUGUAUGUAUAUAUAUAUGUUUGUAUGUCUGUUUGUAUAUAUACAGUGCAUCCGGAAAGUAUUCACAGCGCUUCACUUUUACAGCCUUAUUCCAAAAUGGAUUAAAUUAAUCAUUUUCCUCAAAAUUCUACAAACAAUACCCCAUAAUGACAACGUGAAAGAAGUUUGUUUGAAAUAUUUGCAAAUUUAUUAAAAAUAAAAAACGAAAAAAAAAAUCACAUGUACAUAAGUAUUCACAGCCUUAGGGGACACAGCCAAAUAUGUUUUGUAUCUCCGUGUUAUUGUAUGAUUUAAUAAAAAAUGUUAAUUACAAAAAAACAAAACAAAAGUACUGCAGUGCAUCUCCUCCUCAUGGACUGCACCAGAUUUGCCAGUUCUUGCUGUGAGGUAUUAUCCCACUCUUCCACCAAGGCACUUGCAAGUUCCCGGACAUUUCUGGGGGGAAUGGCCCUAGACCUCACCCUCUGAUCCAACAGGUCCCAGACGUGCUCAAUGGGAUUGAGAUCCGGGCUCUUCACUGGCCAUGGCAGAACACUGACAUUCAUGUCUUGCACGAAAUCAUGCACAAAGCGAGCAGUAUGGCUGGUGGCAUUGUCAUGCUGGAGGGUCAUGUCAGGAUAAGCCUGCAGGAAGAGUACCACGUGAGGGAGGAGGAUGUCUUCCCUGUAAUGCACAGCAUUGAGAUUGCCUGCAAUGACAGCAAGCUCAGUCCAAUGAUGCUGUGACACACCGCCUCAGACCAUGACGGACCCUCCACCACCAAAUCGAUCCUGCUCCAGAGUACAAGCCUCGGUGUAACGCUCAUUCCUUCGAUGAUAAACCCCUGGUGAGACUAAACCACGACUUGUCAGUGAAGAGCACUUUUUGCCAGUCCUGUCUGGUCCAGCGAAGGUGGGUUUGUGCCCGUAGGCAAUGUUGCCGGUGAUGUCUGGUAAGGACCUGCCUUACAACAGGCCUACAAACCCUCAGUCCAGCCUCUCUCAGCCUAUUGUGGACAGUCUGAAGACUGAUGGAGGGAUUGUGUGUUCCUGGUGUAACUCAGGCAGUUGUUGUUGCCAUCCUGUACCUGUCCCGCAGGUGUGAUAUUCAGAUGUAUUGAUCCUGUGCAGGUGUUGUUACACGUGGUCUGCCACUGUGAGGAUGAUCAGCUGUCCUUCCUGUCUCUCUGUAGUGCUGUCUUAGGCAUCUCUCAGUACGGACAUUACAAUUUAUUGCCUCAUGCCUCCAUGCAGCAUGCCUAAGGCACGUUUACGCAGAUGAGCAGGGACACUGGGCAUCUUUCUUUUGGUGUUUUUCAGUAGAAAGAUCUCUUUAGUGUGCUAAGUUUUUAUAACUGUGACCUUAAUUACCUACUGUCUGUAAGCUGUUAGUGUCUUAAUGACCAUUCCACAGGUGCAUGUUCAUUAAUUGUUUACGGUUCAUUGAACAAGCAUGGAAAACAUUGUUUAAACCCUUUAGGGUAAAGAUCUGUAAAGUUAUUUGGAUUUUUACAAAAUUAUCUUUAAAAUACAGUGUCCUGAAAAAGGGACGUUUCUUUUUUUGCUGAGUUUAUAUACUUAUUUUACUUAUUAUUUACUCCAUUUAGGAAUGGCCAUGUCAUUUGACUUAGUACAAGUCCUAAUCUGCAUCUUGGAAACCUCAUAACUGAAUAUACUGUAAAGAAUUUAUUUGUAUUAACCGUUAUGAUUUGCCUUACAAAAUGCCCACAAUCAGCUAAUUAAACUUUGUUGUGAAGUACAUACAGUAUAUCAGCAGGCUAUGGUGAGUUUUUUAAAAAAAGUUUUUUUUUAUGACUUUAUGAUCAGAUAUUCAGAAAUAAGACAUAUGUAUUAAUACAGAACAAAUCUGUUAGUUAGGAAAGCAUCAUUUUCCAUGCCAACUCCUGCACAAUAUUAUGGUCCAAUAAGAAUUCCCAUUUUAAUUGAUGCAUUCUUAAUAGUUUAUACAUGUAUCCACAUUUAAUUUACUUUUGGGAAUAUAUUUCAAAUCUAUUUGUGUUGCUGUGUUUUAUUUAUAUAUAUAUAUAUAUAUAUAUAUAUAUAUAUAUAUAUAUAUAUAUAUAUAUAUAUAUAUAUAAAUGUGAGUUUUUGCUAUAAAUGUACACCGCUGUUUUCAUCUGUACAAUAUAUCUGUAAAAAUUGGCAACAUCACAAGACAAAGUGCUUUUAUUGCUUUUGUCUCCCUUGUCAGUUUGCAUUUCCGAAAUGUGAUUAGAACUGUAACCCCAUUGAAAUCCUAUCAUUAAAUGUUAUAUAUAAUCAAAGAAUGUUUAAUCAAUGUUACUUACUUUUCAAAAAUGUAUUAUAGUUUUUCCCCAAAAUAUAAUAUUAUAUAUUGUAAAAUUUCUAGAGUCAUUGUUACUACAAUAAAAUUGGACACUUGG